AUAGUAGCGGAUAUAUAUCUUGACUUUCCCUAACGUCUUUGGCUAAACCGGCUGUUGGUUGUUUACACCCAAAUAACGUUAAAACAACUUCACAAACGAACCCAGAAUCAGGUUGUUUUUAUACUAUUUUCUUCAAGAAUCGUCUUCAGAAGCUCGUCCACUAACAGCUGAAGAUGAGGAGGACCGCAGGAGGAGGAGGAGGAGGAGAUGAGGAAGCUCCCCGGCAGAACGGCUCUGCCGGCCGGAGGAGAGGAGAACAGAGUGACGGGGACGACGGGGACUAUGACCCAGCUGACCUGCAAGACGACGACCAUGACCCGGGACUCAGGAGAGAGAUACGGAGCAAGUACAGAGACCUCAUCAACUCGGUGCAACAGAAUAGGGAAGAUAUGCUGAAACCCUCCAACAACAAGCUCACAGAAGUUUUAGAAGAGGCCAACAAACUUUUUAAAGAUGUCCGGCAGACGAGAGAAGCAGCUCUGGACGCCCAGCUCCUCGUUGUGGCCACAGAUCUGGGAAAGGAGAAAGCCAGCCAGCUGUUCGCCGAGGGCACUGCUUUCGAUCCCACUGCUUUUGCUGAGCACCUUCUGUCCUUCAUGGGUCUCAACCGGCUAGAGGACGGGGAGGAUGAGCAGCACAAUGGAGGAGCAGUCGAUGGCUACCUGCCCCAGGAUGCUUGGCACCGAGUGGCCCAGAGAGCACAGUGCUGUUUCAGGGCAGCGCCGUCCUUCCACUACAUGAUGGGUUCGUUCCACGCAGAGCCGCCUCCUCCGAAGCAGAAGAUAGAACGGCAAAGGAAGGCACCUAGCAAGGAAGCCAAAAGGAUAAUGCCUACUCAGCUGAAGAGAAUGGAGUCAUCCCAUCAAGAAGCGACAGAGAAAGAGGUGGAAAGGAUCCUGGGAUACCUGAAGAGUUAUUACCAAGAUGAGCCAACAUCACCGAUAUCGUAUUACGAGUUCGUCGUCGACCCCACCUCGUUUUCCCGGACAGUUGAGAACAUUUUCCACAUGUCGUUUCUAAUCAGGGAUGGGUUGGCACGGAUGUACAUGGAUAGUGAUAAAUUGCCUUGUAUAGCGCCUGUAGAGGAGGGAGAGGUGGAAGCUGGAGGAUCAUGCAGCCGUAAACAGUGCAUCGUCUCUAUCAGCCCAAAAAUAUGGAAGGAGCUCGUAGAAGCCUUCGACAUCAGUGACACAAUGAUUCAUCCUCCAAACACGCAGAAUGAGUGAUGGACCCUGGCACUUUAUGUUAGCUGAAACCAGACAUUGUUUUUAGGUGUGUCACUGUUUUUUUUAAAUUUCUAAAAAAUAAAAGCAAAUUGUUUGAAAUUUGUAAAGGUAAAAAUGUCCAGUGUAGGUCACUCUUGUAAAAACAUAUCAUAGUGACUUGAGAUCCUUAUUACUCAGUCACACAUUUUGUUUUAAUUUCUACUUGUUACUGUUUUUAGAAGUUUGAAUAAUAAAAGAGAAAGAAGAGAAA